AAAAGUCAUAUACUUAUAUUUAUAAAAAGUAUAUCUAACAAUUAUUUUUCAGAUAUAAAUUAAUAAAAAUUAUACGAUAUAUUAUGUAUACAAUGAUAAACCUAAGAAAUAUUUUUUAAAUUUCAAACAGAAAAUGAUAUAUUGAUAUAAGUACUGUAAAUAUUUUUCAUACUUAUAAAUCUUAUAUUUUUAUUUAUUAUAAAAAAGAUGCUUCGCAAUUGUAUCGUAUCAAAAAUUUCAUCUCUCAAACUUUUAUUCACAAAUAAAUUCUGUCAUCGAAAAUUUAUAACAAAGUACCCUUUAAUGAAAAUAGCUUGUAUACAUAAUGUAGCUAAUGAGCAAGAAAUAUUAGUGAAACAAUGUGUGCAACCAGUUAAUAAGUUUGUUUCAAGGACUCAUACAUGUGGUGAGUUAAAAAUUCAAAAUAUAGGAGAGAAUGUCCAACUCUGUGGUUGGUUAGAAUAUUCAAGAACCAAGAAAUUUUUAAUACUAAGAGAUUCUUAUGGCUCUGUUCAGCUCAUUAUACCAAAACACAGAAUCGACUUACAAGAGAUGGCUAAGAAUCUAACUUUUGAAAGUGUACUGAGCAUAAAAGGUAAGGUGUUAAAAAGACCAGAUGGUCAGGAGAAUAAGCAUAUGGAAACUGGAGAUAUUGAAGUAGAAGUAAAAUCCUUGAAAGUUUUAAACAUCGCAAAGUCAAAUAUGCCAUUUAUCAUUAGAGAGUACAACAAGGCAAAAGAAGAUACACAAUUGAAAUAUAGAUACAUAUCAUUGAGAUAUCCUGAAUUACAAAAGAAUUUAAGAUUACGUUCAGAUGUAAUAAUGAAGAUAAGAGAAUAUUUAAGUAGAGAGUGUAAUUUUGUAGAUAUUGAAACUCCAACGUUGUUUAAAAAUACUCCCGAAGGUGCACAAGAAUUUGUAGUUCCAACAAAAAUUCCAGGCCAAUUUUAUUCCUUAGUACAAAGUCCCCAACAAUUUAAACAAUUGUUAAUGGUAGGGGGUUUUGAUAGAUACUUUCAAAUUGCAAGAUGUUACAGAGAUGAAAAACCUAGACAUGAUAGACAACCUGAAUUUACACAGCUGGAUAUAGAGAUGUCAUUUGUUGAUUGUGAAGGAAUAAUGGAAUUAGUAGAAAAUUUAUUAGCAUAUUCUUGGCCUGAAGAAUCAGGAGAAUUAACUGUACCUUUUAAGCGUAUGAAAUAUGAAGAUGUAAUGAAAUUAUAUGGUACAGAUCAACCAGAUUUAAGAAUACCACAACAACUUUAUAGAUUGACAGAAUUAAUUGAUCAUUCAGUAUUAGAACAAAAUUUAAAAAUGGAGCAAAAUAAAAACCUUGAAGUUUAUGCUCUAGUUUUUUCCCAAAAACAUAAUUUUUUUACCACAUCUAUCAAAGAUACUAUAUCUAAACUACAACACACUUAUUUUCCUUCUGUGAAAUUAAUCCAAACAAAAAUACCUAACAAAUCAUCAGCAAUAACAAAUAUUAUUGAAGGAAAUGUGCAACAAAAAUUAAAUUUAAGAGAAGAAGAUGUUCUGUUUUUAGCUUGUGGAGAAAAAGUUCAUACGCAAUCAUUGUUGGGAAAAGUACGUCUUGAAUUUGCCAAUUUCUUAGAAAAUAAAAAUCAACAAAUCCGUACCAGUAAGAAUGAAUUAUUAUGGAUCACUGAUUUUCCUUUAUUUUCAUUUAAUACCGAAACAAAUUCGUUGGAAACUAUGCACCAUCCAUUUACUCGACCUCAUUCAGAUGAUUUGCAGUACCUUACAGAAAAUCCAUUGAAGGUUAGAGGAUUACAUUAUGAUUUGGUUAUGAAUGGUUUCGAGAUCGGUGGAGGAUCAAUACGAAUUCACGAAUCAAAAUUACAACAAGAAAUAUUUAAGAUGCUAAAUAUAAACGAAUCAUCUUUAAUGCACAUAUCUGAUGCUUUAGAAUCUGGUGCACCACCUCAUGGUGGGAUUGCUAUAGGAUUGGAUCGUUUAAUAUGUUUGCUCUGUAACACAAAAAAUAUAAAAAACGUGAUAGCAUUUCCAAAAACUAUGACGGGACGAGAUUUAAUGUCAGGAGCACCAGUUCCUAUUUCUGAGGAAAUAAAAAAGUUGUAUCAUAUACAAACGGUAGAAAUAAAAUAAUAAUCAAGAAGUAUCUUUCAUAUUUUUUACUGUAUCAUAAAAAUAAUUUUAUAAUAUAGUACGAGUGCAAAAAGUAUAUAUUACUUUAUAACAUUAAUUUUAUAAAAAAAAAUGUUAAAAAAUAGAAUGAAAUUCAAUUCCAAAGUAACGUUUAUUUUAUUUAAAUUUAUUUCAUAUGAAUCUGUUUUAUAAUUUACAAUAUUUAUGAAUGUCGCGAUUACUGUAACUCAUAAUACACCCGUUAUAUCGCAUUUUUAUUUUGGUAUAAAUACGACGAAAAAACAAUAUUUAAAUAAUAAUAUUACAAAACAUAAUGAAAGUAAUUUUAAAAUAGUAGAAGACGUGAUUAAUGCAGCAUUCAGAAAUAUAAAAAUUAAUCAUUCAUUUUUACAGUUACUAUGUUUGA